UCCGGGGCAGCAUCUCCCAGACCUGAGACCCGCUGGGCGGAAGUUGUUUUCAGGCGUUUCGUUGAGAAAGAAUUAAGUUUGUACUGUCCUCCCGCGUUCCCAACGUGCUUGCAUAAGUAUCCUUCGUAGGACCCGCGCUUUUUUCCUUCAAAGUCGAUUUUCCUGGAAUUCUAUAACCUUGUGCUGGGACACCCCAGGGAAAUGGAGGCACCACGCGGUUAAGGAGUUUCUGCUCCGCCGCCCACGUAAUGUAAGCGGCUGAAACACCGAAAGCGGUCUCCUGCCUUCCAGUCGGGAACGCACACUGCCUACCUCUGUCACGCCUUCCCACCCUGACUUAUCUGAAUUUCGUGACGAUUUCAGUUAGCGGUAGCAGCAGCCAGUCUGUGCCACCGCUGUAGUCGAAGAAUCAAAGACGCUAUGGGUUGGAAAUCCAUCUGGUCUGUUCCCACCCCUACUUUACAGAUGAAGAAACCGAAACUUAGAAAAGUGACUUGACCGAAAGGCACAUUUGCUUGGCGUCAGGGCCGGAUUUCGAAAUGCCUGUUAAUAUUCUGUCACUGCUCAGGCUUUUAGUAAGGGUGAGCGCCAUCUGAUGCCCAACUCACAAAAAUAUUCACAAGUGCAGCCAUGCUUGUAUCAAAUGGUAAAACUUAGGUUAUAAAAGCUGUAUUUAACGCUGUUUUCAGCUAUUUGUAUUUAUCAUCUAAUUUUAAUUACGUGCAUUUAGUCUAAUAAAAUAACAACAUCAGUUGCUUUUGAGAUCUGCUUUUCUAUGGAAACCCCAAAAAAGAAGACUGCAUAAGCGCUUUAUCAUUUUUUACCUAAACUUGAAGGCUUUCCUAAUCCUAAAAUCGAAUCAGUGGGAUCCUUCUGUGCCCUCAGGACUAUGAAUAUUUGUUCCAUCAACUACACUAGUUGGAGAUUUGCUUGGAUGUAAACAGGAAACGGUUUUUGACUGAUCCAAUCUACGGCCAGAAGCGUGAGAGUACAGCCAAGAGAACCACCAGGCGAAUGUAGGAAACUGCCUCUGCUGAACUGAGCUAGCUACCCAGGAACACACACACCUCAGACGUGACCAGCCACAUCCGUCACCACGUAUGAGCUGCAUCCACCCACAUGUGGAGUUACAGCUUCCCUCUGGCUGCAGAGAAUGCUCCUUCCACCACCUCAAGAUCGCUCACAAGCUGCAGCUCUUCCCAUGCCACCUCCACAGAUGUCAAGGGGCUUUCAGGGUAGCCCUUCUCGAAGUGGAACUCCCGCCUGGACCGGCCCUCGCCCUCUGCACGCUGAGAUCCAUCCAGAGACAGCCCAUCCCGGCCGGGACAUACCCUCCCUGAACCUCGACCCCCGCCACCAGGAGGCGCACGACCGGAAGCGGGACGGGCCUUCCGCCCUUGUGGUUUCUUCGCGGUUACCUCAGCGGCGCUCUUCGCAAUUUGAAAGCUGGAGCUUUUGAAUAGCCCCACCACUUUCACCUGCAGCGGCUGCUCGGGCGGCGUCUGCGAGCUGCUCGCCAUGGCUGCGCGCGGGGACUCCGCGGGUCACAAACACAGCGCGUCGCCAGGGCAACCGCGCGGCCCCGCCCCCGCCGCUCGCCGGAAGGAGUGGGCCGGGGGCGGGGCGGUCGGCGAAGGCCGGGCCUUUCCUCAACUUUGUGCCUGUUGCUGUGGAGGCGGCCGAGAGGCUGGAGAGGACGCGUGGGCGGCCGCCACCAGCGACGAGCUUCGGAGAAAAGGAACGGGGACCCCACGCCUCGCGUGCUUCAGCGUGGUUCGCCGCCGCCCCCGCCCCCCCCCGACCUCCUCUGGGACCCCCAAGCCCAGGGUCCUCCAGCGCGGUAGUCGCCGCCCGUCAGCGCCUGAUUUCACCGCAGAUCGCCUUUCCGGGUUGCCGCGCAGCCAGAUUGGGGCCAGCCGGCCGGUUGCCCGGGUAGCGCGGGAGUCAGUCCCCGGGCGCGUGCACUUCGGGGCCGCGGCCUUCCCGGGAGAGCGGAAGCAGGGCGACCACCUGUGCGCGGUGCCCCGCGGGGAAGGCCGCCCGCCCGCCGCUGUCCCCAACGCGGCCGUCGCUGCGGAAGCCGAGCCGUCCCGCGCCGCCGAGCGUCCCCGCCAUGAAGCCCAACUUCUCCCUGCGACUGAGGGUCUUUAACCUCAACUGCUGGGGCAUUCCCUACCUGAGCAAGCACCGGGCCGACCGCGUGAAGCGCCUGGGAGACUUUCUGAACAGGGAGAGCUUCGACCUAGCUCUCCUGGAGGAGGUGUGGAGCGAGCAGGACUUCCAGUACCUGAGGCAGAAGCUGCUGCCCGCCUACCCAGCAGCGCACUACUUCAGGAGCGGCAUCAUUGGCAGUGGUCUCUGUGUCUUCUCCAAACACCCAAUCCAGGAAUUCACCCAGCACGUCUUCACCCUCAAUGGCUACCCCUACAUGAUCCACCACGGUGACUGGUUCUGUGGGAAGGCCGUGGGGCUGCUGGUGCUCCAUCUGGGUGGACUGGUGCUCAACGCCUACGUGACCCAUCUCCAUGCCGAGUACAAUCGACAGAAGGACAUCUACCUAGCACAUCGUGUGGCCCAAGCUUGGGAACUGGCCCAGUUCAUCCACCACACGUCCAAGAAAGCUGAUGUGGUUCUAUUGUGUGGGGACCUCAACUUGCACCCAAAGGACCUGGGCUGCCGCCUGCUGAAGGAGUGGACGGGACUGCACGAUGCCUUUCUGGAGACUCGGGACUUCAAGGGCCCUGAAGAAGGCUGUACGAUGGUACCCGAGAACUGCUACGUCAACCGGCAGGAGCUAGAGCAAUUCCCCUUGGGUAUCCGCAUCGACUAUGUGCUUUAUAAGGCGGUGUCUGGGCUAUACAUCUCCUGUAAGACUCUCAGAACUACUACAGGCCACGAGCCUCACAGCGGCAGCCCCCUCUCUGAUCAUGAGGCACUGAUGGCUACUCUGUGUGUGAGACACAGCCCCCCCCAGCACAACCCCAGCCCUACCCAUGCAGAGAGGUCGCCGCUGAUCAGUGUGCUAAGGGAGGCCUGGGCAGAACUGGACCAGGGCAUGGCUCAAGGUCGCUGGUGGGCCACCAUCGCUGGCUACGUGAUUGGUCUAGGGCUUCUUCUCCUGGCGUUGCUGUGUGCCCUGGCGGCUGGAGGAGAGAUCAGGGAAGUUGCUGUACUGCUCUGGACCCCCAGUGUAGGACUGGUGCUGGGGGCGGGUGCAUUCUAUCUCUUCCACGUGCAGGAGGCCAAGGGCUUGUGUCGGGCCCGAGCCGAGCUCCAGCAUGUGCUGGGAAGGGCAAGGGAGGCCCAGGACCUGGGCCCAGAGUCCCAGCCAGCCCUGCUCCUGGGGCAGCAGGAGGGAGACAGAGCAGAGGAACAAUAAAGCUUGACACUUUG